CGACAACAAAAGGGUCUCUCUCUCUCGUCACAUCUCAAGCGUGAAAUCGAAGAGCGAUAAAAAACAGACCAGUUGGUGGGAUAUUUGUUUGCUUCAGACAUCAUCUAUCUUCUAGUUCGAUUAACUCCAUUUUCAACAAUGGGUGCUCUGGAUCAUCUCUCUAACUUGUUCGAUUGCUCCGGCGCUUCCAGCUCCCAGCAUUACAAAAGACGCAGGCAAUUGCAGACGGUGGAGAUAAAAUGCAAGAUAGACUGCGAGGGAUGCGAGCGGAAGGUGAGGAGAGCCGUGGAAGGAAUGAAAGGCGUACAAUCCGUCGACAUCCAGCCCAAGCAGCACAAGGUGACGGUGGUCGGGUACGUGGACCCCGAGAAGGUCGUGAACCACGUGGCUCGCCGGACUGGUAAGAGGGCGGAGAUAUGGCCCUACGUUCCUUACGACGUGGUCGAGCACCCCUACGCGCAGGGCGUGUACGACCGGAAGGCCCCGGCCGGGUACGUGCGGUAUUCCGAGGACCCGCGGGUGAAUCAGCUGGCGCGCGCGAGUUCCACCGAGGUGCGGUACACCACCGCUUUCAGCGAUGAGAACCCCGGCGCGUGCGCUGUCAUGUAAUCAAUCACGCUAAGAAACGUAAGCACGCGCAAAUUAUUAUCCUUCGAAUGUGUUAUUCCUGUUAUUGUCUGUUUAAUUUUUCAGAAUUAUGUGAUCAACUGUUAAAACUUUUUAUGUAGUAUUGAUUUUUAGGAGGGAGUAGUGUGUAAUUUUGAGGUUUUUUUUAGUGUCUGUCAAUUAUGUACCAUAAGAUGGAAAACUAAUGUAAUUUUGAGGGGUUUUUUAGCGGUCGUGUAUUGCGGAUUUAUGGGUAAAAUAGCAAAAUAUGUAAUCUUGUUUGGGUCUUGCUAUA